CCGUCCCGCUUUAGGAUGUUUGGUCCCGCUUGCCCCGACUUCAACCCGCCCAGGUCAGGGGUCAGCGAAAGAGCAAGCAGUUCCGGGAGCGGAUGGCGGCCAAGUUCCCCGCCGUGCGGAGGAUGGCGGCCUUUACCUUCAUCGACAUUGGUAUAAAUCUGACUGAUCCUAUGUUUCAUGGGAUUUAUCGUGGUACUCAAAAGCACCAAGAUGACUUUCUGGAUGUAAUCCAAAGAGCAGCAAAAAUUGGAGUUCAGAAGUUCAUGAUUACAGGAGGCAGUUUGCAAGAUAGUACAGAUGCCCUGGAACUGGCAAAGACAAGUGAUAUUUUCUACAGUACGGUUGGUUGUCACCCCACACGGUGUGGUGAAUUUGAGCAGAAUAAUCCAGAACAGUAUCUGAGUGAUCUUAAAACAUUGGCCAUAGAAAACAAAGGGAAAGUAGUUGCCAUUGGGGAGUGUGGCUUGGAUUUUGACAGAUUGGAAUUCUGUCCAAAAGAGACUCAAUUAAAAUAUUUUGAAAAGCAAUUUGACUUGGCAGAAGCAACUAAAUUACCCAUGUUUCUACACUGCAGAAAUUCACAUCCAGAAUUUCUAGAUAUAGUGAAGAGAAAUAUGGAUAGAUGUGUGAAAGGAGUGGUGCAUUCUUUUGAUGGCACAAAAGAAGAAGCUGCUGCCCUUUUAGAAAUGGGCCUGUAUAUAGGAAUCAAUGGCUGCUCUUUAAAAACAGAAUCCAACCUUGAAGCUAUGAAAUCUAUCCCAAGUGAAAGACUGAUGAUAGAAACCGAUGCACCAUGGUGUGGAGUAAAGAACACUCAUGCCGGCGCUAAAUAUGUGAAAACAACUUUUCCAACAAAGAAGAAGUGGGAAGAGGGUUCUUGCCUCAAGGACAGAAAUGAACCAUGCCAUGUUAUUCAAAUAUUGGAAAUAAUGGCUGCAGUGCGAGAAGAGGACACGCGUGAACUGAGCAACACCAUGUAUAAUAACACCGUGAAAGUCUUCUUUCCUAAUAGCUGAUCACCAAUCAUAUCAUUCCAAUCUAUUAGUUCUCAAUUUGACACAACUUAACUGGCAGCUGACAGAGAUACUUGGGCAGUUCCUUAGUUUAUUGUGUUAUACAAGAUGGGUGUUGAACUCUUAUACAUAUGUCAUCAUAGACUUAGUGUGAAUUUUACCCUUGCCAUUACUAGACACUGAAAUUACCUGACCCAAGGAAAACAUCUAUUUGUAAAGGGAAAUAGCUUCCCUUUAGUACUCACUUGAAUAAGUCAAGAUUAUAAUCAGAAAUUCAGUUAAAUACCUCAAUGAGAUUUUUAAAAAUAUUACCCAAAAUGUAAACAAUACAUUUUACAUUACUGUAUUAUUAAAUACAAAUCCUGAUUGCUUCUAACAUUGUAAUACAUCUCUUGUGUGAGGAAUAGUGUUGUUUAAAUGUCCAGUUCCUAUGUCAAUAAAAAUCAAUUGGUCAAUUAUGUUAUAAUGGGCGAGUCUGCUUUGGACCACGAAAUGUGGCAGUAGCAAACAACCAAGGAACUACAUAGUAUUAAUGUGAAAUUUUAUCUAAUCAUUUCUAACCCACCUAGACAUAUUAUGAACUUAGAUGUAAUGGAGUGGUUUACGUGGAGCAGGCCAUUGUAAAUUAUUAUAAAAUAGCAUGUUCAUCUAUGUAUGUACAAUCAUGUUCCGGUGCAGAUUCAGAAAAUAUAUAGCAACGACUGAGUUGAACACAAUGUUGUAUACAAUCAAUGUUAAUAAACCAACAUUGUGACAAAGUAAAUUAUGAAAAUGCAAGAAAUGGUAAAGUAUUAUUUGGUUAGUAUAUUCAUUUGAAAAAAUAAAUAAAUAUAAAGC